AUGGGAUGGCGUGCCAUGGGCACUGACGAAGAGGAGGAAUUGGGUCUGCUGGCCGAAUUUGCGCCUGAUGUAGGUCCCACAUCCGCAGAUGAUGAUCUGGAAAUGCGCAAUCGUGGCCGGGCAAGACGUGAAAAAUCACCAAAUGCCAGGUCUGUCUCCUUGCAAGAGGCAGAAGAGGAAAAAGGAACGGCAGGUUUGCACAUAUUUUGGCAUCGUGCUGGCUGGUUGGUCCUGCUUUUGCUUUGCCAGUCGAGUUCUUCGUUUAUUCUUCAGCGACCCUUGGGGCAUGAAGACAGGUGUCAAAUGCAAGACACAAAUUUAUAUAACACUGUCAAAUGUGUCUUUCAUGCGUUAUGCUUGCAUUUCAGUCAUUCAUCUAAGGAUUCGAGAGCCUUGGAUUGA